AUAAAAACCAGAGACAAAGCUGAGCUGAGAAGAAAUGGCGAUGCCGAAGAAACACGAAGGAGAAGAAGAAGAAGAAGAGGUUCAGAACUUCGGGAAGAGACUGAAAUGCAUCAAACACGAGGAGGUUCAAUACCAACAAGAUGAUGAAGAAGAAGAAGAAGAAGACGAGAUGAAGGCAGAGAUGGUGAGUAUGUACCCAAUGACACCCACAUCGUUUGUGGUCUCGGAUGCUCUAGAGCCCGAUUGUCCCAUCAUUUACGUCAACAAAGUGUUCGAGACUUUCACCGGAUACGGAGCUCAUGAAGUCCUCGGUCGCAACUGUCGGUUCUUACAAUAUAGGGACCCUCAUGCUCAAAGACGACAUCCUCUGGUGGAUCCUGAUGUAGUUUCUGAGAUUAGAAGGUGUCUUGAAGAAGGAGUUGAGUUCUUGGGUGAGCUUCUUAACUUCAGUAAGGAUGGCACUCCCCUAGUGAAUAGGCUAAGGCUGAAACCAAUAGUUGAUGAUAGCGGAACUGUCACACACAUCAUAGGCAUUCAAGUGUUUUUUGAAACAAAAAUAGACCUCAACAGUGUAUCAUAUCCAGUUUACAAAGAGACAUGCUCUGAGCAGGACACUCAAUCCAGCAAGUAUUUUCUCACCAGUGGACAAACGCCUUUCACCCAACAUCAAGAAAUUUGUGGGAUUCUUCAGCUCUCAGAUGAAGUGUUGGCUCACAACAUCUUAUCGCGCUUGACUCCGAGGGAUGUGGCAUCCAUUGGGUCUGUCUGUAGAAGAAUCCGUCAACUGACAAAAAAUGAGCAUGUGAGGAAGAUGGUAUGUCAAAAUGCAUGGGGGAGAGAAGUCACCGGUACUUUGGAAUUGAUGACUGAUAAGUUAGGGUGGGGGCGUCUGGCUAGGGAACUGACAACUCUUGAGGCUGUUUGUUGGAGGAAAUUUACUGUUGGAGGUUCGGUGGAGCCUUCUCGGUGCAACUUUAGUGCCUGUGCUGUGGGAAAUCGACUUGUACUGUUUGGAGGCGAAGGUGUUGAUAUGCAGCCAAUGGAUGACACAUUUGUUCUCAAUCUAGAUGCUUCCAAUCCAGAGUGGACUCGAGUAAGUGUGAAAUCAUCGCCACCAGGGCGAUGGGGACACACUCUUUCAUGUUUGAAUGGUUCUUUGUUGGUAGUGUUUGGGGGAUGCGGGCGGCAAGGGUUGCUCAAUGAUGUUUUUGUUCUUGACUUGGAUGCCAAGCAGCCAACAUGGAAAGAAGUUCAUGGAGGAACUCCUCCUCUCCCUAGAUCCUGGCAUAGUUCUUGCACGAUAGAAGGUUCUAAAUUAGUUGUGUCAGGUGGAUGCACGGAUGGUGGGAUACUCCUUAGCGACACAUACGUAUUGGAUCUCACCAGAGGCAAUCCAACAUGGAGAGAGAUUCCAACUUCGUGGUCUCCUCCCUGUAGGUUGGGACAUUCGCUUUCAGUUUAUGGCAGAUCAAAGAUUCUCAUGUUUGGUGGACUUGCCAACAGUGGGCACUUACGGUUGAGAUCAGGUGAGACUUACACCAUUGAUUUGGAAGACGAAGAGCCUCAAUGGAGGCAACUGGAAUGUAAUGCAUUCACCAGCAUUGACAGCCAGAGUGCAGUGCUUCCUCCUCCUAGACUCGAUCAUGUUGCUAUGAGCAUGCCUUGUGGAAGGAUUAUCAUAUUUGGUGGUUCAAUUGCUGGGCUGCAUUCUCCUUCUCAGCUUUUCCUUUUGGAUCCUUCUGAAGAGAAACCGUCAUGGAGAAUUCUGAACGUUCCCGGGCAACCACCUAAAUUUGCUUGGGGUCACAGCACCUGUGUGGUCGGAGGGACAAGGGUCCUGGUGUUGGGUGGCCACACAGGUGAGGAGUGGAUACUUAAUGACUUGCAUGAGUUGUGCUUAGCAAGCAGGCAGGACUCAGAGUCAGAUCUAUGAUUUUACUUUACUGUGCACCAACCACUGGAAGAAAGUUUUGGUCUGUGAUAUCUGUGAGUUGAGUGCAUUCCACCCAAGUCCUAAGUGAUUGGCUUUGUCUUCUGUUAUGAUGAUUCGGUGUUUGAUGUGUGUAUGUGUGCUUAGAUUUGUACUACACUGUAUUUAGAUCACACUCUGAAUCAUUUUGAAUGAUUCAUUGUUCC